AGAUUUGAACCCUUAUGUUUUCAGGAGAAGAGAAACUUGGCAUGGGGAAAAACACCAUGAGGCUUCUCUGUGCAUCCCUUUCUCUUGCCAUGGUAUGCUGGCUAGCUGAAGGUACCCUGUCAAAAACAGAUGCAAAGAAAGGUGCUACGAAAAAACUGGAGGAAAAGAAGCUGCAUUCUGAUAAAAAUGUUCAGGACAGGGGAUUGGUAGUUGUGGAUCCAAAAGCAAAGGAUAUUAUACUGGAACAUAAAAGUUAUUGCUCCAAGAAGAUGAAGGAACGACAUUUUUCAGGAGAUGUUCUGGGAUAUAUUACUCCUUGGAACAACCAUGGUUAUGACAUUGCUAAAAUAUUUGGAAACAAAUUUACACUAAUCUCACCGGUUUGGUUACAAGUGAAGAGGAGAGGGAAGGAAAGGUUCCAGUUCACUGGGCUCCAUGAUGCUGAUCAAGGCUGGAUGAAAGAUGUGAGAAAAACCUCCAAAAACAUAAAAAUAGUGCCUCGGAUUUUGUUUGAUGGCUGGACUUACCAAGACUUUGAGAGUGUUUUUGGCAGUGAAGAUGAGAUAGAGGAGCUUUCCAAGAACAUGGUUCUGCUAGCCAAGAAUGAAAAUUUUGAUGGCUUUGUAGUUGAAGUGUGGAGUCAACUGGGAAAUCAAAAGCGAAUGGAGUUGAUUCACUUGCUCACUCACCUUUCUGAAGCUCUGCAUGAAGCACAACUUAAAUUCAUACUGGUCAUCCCUCCUGCAGUUGCAGCAGGGGCCAACCAGCCAGGAAUGUUCACGAAGAGAGAAUUUGAUCAGUUGGCCUCGGCAGUAGACAGCUUCAGUCUCAUGACGUAUGACUAUUCAGCGCCACAUCGACCUGGUCCAAAUUCCCCCCUUCCCUGGGUACGAGCUUGUGUUGAAGUACUGGAUCCUGAUUCAAAAUGGAGGAAUAAAAUACUUUUAGGACUGAAUUUCUAUGGCAUGGACUAUUCUGCUUUGGGAACUUCUGGGGAGCCAAUCCUUGGCAGCAGGUACAUUGAAACCUUGAAGGAACACAAGCCAAAAAUUGUCUGGGAUGAACAAAUUGCUGAACACUACUUUGAAUACAAAAAAAAUAAGGGAGGAAAACAUGCAGUCUUCUACCCAACGCUGAAGUCCAUCCAGUUGCGGUUGGAGCUUGCAAAAGAACUGGGCACUGGAAUCUCCAUCUGGGAACUGGGACAAGGCCUGGACUAUUUUUAUGAUCUGCUUUAAAAUGAGAGAUGGUCUUAGAAAGACUUUAUUUGCUUCACUGAGGCUCCACCUUCAAUUAAUCUGGGUAUCCUGGAGAGGAAAGCAGAAUGGUGGAGGUGGAAGGAGCAACGAUGGACUUAAGCUUAACAGCCAAAGAAGGGCAUUUGUGGAAGAGGAAGAUAAUGAGGUGCAUCUGAAUACACUUUGAGAAACCAGUUCCCAGAAUCCCUGUAUUUCUCCAGUAAUUUUUAGUUAAUCUUCAGGAUGAAUGCUUUACACCUGAAACUCUUGUCACAGUCCAGAUGAGACAGACACAUGCACUAUACAUUAACAGUUGGGAGUUCUUUAUGCUGUACUUUCCUUCACAUAUAUUUUUGUUUUCUAUGUAUUUAACUAAAUACAGUUACAUGUUUUAUUUUGGUGCCUGUGAUUUGAACUAUACUCUGUAAUAGCAGUGCUAUGGGAAUAUAAGGGGAAGUUUAUAGUGGAUAAUUAUCCCAUCCUUUCAAAUUAUUCUUUAAUUGCAAGUACAAGGAAGUUUCUGUUAAGCAAUUCUGUAGUAAUAAAAUAUUCUGCUCUGCCUAAAUGAUUUCUACAUAAAAGAUAGCAAGGACUUGUUUGAGAAAUCAGUUCAACUGAUCAGCAUUUCUUCAUUAAAAACCCUCAUCCUAAGACAGAACUUCUGUUCAGCUGUCUAACACACACUGGUGUAGAUUUGGUAGUGAAUGUUUUCUGGCUUUUAGAGGGAGGAAUGUAAACUGAGCUCUUCUUGCAGGUCAGCAAACCCCAGGAUAUCUAGUGAACAGACAGUAUUUCCAUGGGGAAGCAGUUUAUUGCAGGGAGAGACAAGGAAGCAAGGCCUAGGGUAAAGUGACCUACCUUAGGCAACUAAUGGGAUUUCAGAAAAACAGUCUUUCAAAUUAUAUUUGCCAGAUGAGUUAUUAAUGACAGAUUUAUUUUCUUGGGGUUUUUAGCAUGGUAAGAUAAGAAACAUAGGGCUCUGUGUUUUGCACUUUUAAUGUGUCAAAGAUAAAACUUUGGAUGAAGCUUCAUAAGCUGCCCUUAAAUUUCUUUGAAAAUUAUUGCCAUGAAGACAGAAAGUACUUUGUUUUAUACAGCCAGAAUAAUGAGCUAGGCCUGAUAUUUCCAGGUUGUGUUAAGUGUACUUUGGAAAAAUAGCAGAUUGUAGGGUGAAACACUCAUCUGGUUGUUGCUUAAAGUAGGAACAGCUCUGUCUAUGCCAAGAUAGAGUACAAAAGCAAAGACAAACAGGAUAGCUACUGGGGGAAGGUACACUGGCUUAGUUGUUUGAAACAAUGGGAUCUUAAAAAUCAAUAGGGUACUCAAUUACCCAGGGUUAAGCUCUACUGGAAAGGCAAAUUAAGUUGUAAAGGUAAUGCUGCUCUGAGCCCAUGUAUUUCUGUAAGCAUCAUUAAGUUAUCAUUCCUGAAGCAUAGAACCAAUGGUGAGUAAAUGAAAUUGAAAGGCAACAAUGUUAAAAUCCAUGUAAGAAGGAUUUUUUUAAAUGCAACACUAAGAAAUUGUGAAAUUCACUGCUAUACUGCAGGACUAAAGUGAAAGUUUCACAAAGUCAGAAAGGGAUUAAAGAUAGGUGUGGCUGAUGAGACCAUCUAGUGGUGCACUAAAUGGGAUCAAGACAAUUCAAGUAAUGUAAACAUCUCUCCUAAAGUGAGGGAGCUGUAAGAAACUUCCAUCAAAUAUAUGCGUUAUCCCUUAUGAUGCUUCCUGCAAUAAACUCUAAAACCUCUGGGUCCCUACUUCUCCCAUUACAAUUUCAAUAGUACACUUGUGUUGCUCAGAAUGCACAGUUUAGAGGCAAUUUCACUUGCAAAGUUAUUUGACCUGUAGGGUACAACAAAUUGUAUAAAAUAAGACAGUGUUAGACAUGGCUGAAGAUAACAUACCUGGCUAACCAGACAUUGUUCUGAUUUGAGACAGUACAAGUUCCUAGUUGUUCAAUUUUAAAAGAUUCUGGUUAAUUUUUA